AUGCACCAUCUUGAAGGUCCCUGGGCGGCGGCAGAUAGCACCAGGCGUCCGCCAUACAAUUCGGAGGCAUCGGACCUCUCAAGAGAUGAUCGGCGACCGCUCAUUCAUGUGCAGUCCACCGACUCGGCAAAGACCCGCAUCGAGCCAUUAGAGUCUGGGCAAACCCAACGACCCAAGACCUCAGUGACCGCCGAGCCCGGCGCCGCCCAUGUCACCGGCGCUCCGCACGGAUCUUACAACAAGCUGUCUAACACAGACUGGGGCUCGGCCGAGUUGCCUCGUCACGGUGGAUGGGACUACACACCAGGGAGAACAGACACAAAGUCCCAUCUAUCCCACAGAGAAUCCGGUCUCACUCCUUCUGCACCCAAGCAGCCAUGGAGCACAUCCCUCAAGGGCUGGCUACCAGAGCUCAUAUGGUCAAUCAUAAGCAUCGCCUCCGUCGCCGCUCUCGCCGGGGUGCUAUCCCGCUUCGAUGGCCAACGACUGCCCGAAUGGCCGCUAGGCCUGACACUCAACACUCUCAUCGCCUUCCUCGCGACGCUGGCGCGAGCUGCGUUUGUUAUCCCAGUGUCUGAGAGCUUGUCGCAGUUGAAGUGGCUCUGGUAUCGCAAGGCGAGGCCGUUGAAGGAUUUUCAGGAUUUCGACUCGGCUAGCAGAGGACCUUGGGGGAGUAUUCAACUGUUGAAGACGACUAAGGGUUGGUCCCCGAGUCUCAUUGCUACGAUUGUCAUGAUCACGGCAAUCUUCACGUCGACUUUGACGCAAUCCGCCGUCACAUACCCCGUCCGCCUCGCGCGCGUAGACGGUGAUGCGACAGUGCCCCGAUCAACAUCGUACUUCUUUAGUACAUCCAAUACCUUCUCCAGCCUUCAGCAAGAAAACUACGUUCAACAAUCCAUCUUCGAAGGCCUAAGCUACGAUCAUACCCAAGAAUUCCCCCUUAGCCCGGCCCGCUGUCCCACGAGCGAGUGCCAGUGGGAAACUUACAGCUCGCUGAGCAUCUGCGCCAAAUUUUGGAACGUCACGGAUUCGCUGAACGUCACGAUCAGAGAGACGCCUACUGGGACACCGCGGGUGAAAGCCUCGCUUCCCAACGGGAUAUCUGCGGACUUGAGCAGCAAUCACUUUGGUCUCGUCAGUCUACGGGGCACGAGUAAGCCGAUUGUCUCGGAUGUGGACCCUGAGGCGGCGCUGUUCAACUUCACGGUGAUUUACUCCCUGCGAGACGGCGUCGAAGGCACAGUCGGAGCCACGGAAGCUGUGCUCUAUCUCUGCGCAAAGACAUACAACCUCUCCUUCAACGGCAACAUUGAAUCGCGCAAAGUCGUCGAGAUCACCUCGGACGUCGAACAGGGCUCCAUCACGUUCCCCUCCGGCCAGGUACGAGACGACCUACCCGCGAUACGAGACCCCCUCAACCCCGAUGGCGAAAACUUCCCCUACGGCGGUACCGGGUUCGGCGCGAUGCAGGGCAGUCUGAGGAAUGCGCUCAACGGGUCGUAUUCGGAUCUCAGUAACGUGCCGAGUGCACUCGGUCUUGCGCCGGCUCGGUACCUGGCUGCGAUACAGUACGGCGCCAAGACGUUGGAGGCGCAGGGGCGGGAAAAUGUGUCGCAGGAGGUUGUGAUUAAUGAGGCUGUUGCGAAUAUUACGAAUAAUGUUGCCAGGAGCUUGUCGAAUCGUGGGCAAGCACUCGCAUCGGAAACAUUCGUACAAGUUCGCUGGCCUUGGCUUGCGUUUAUAUCCUGUCAGGCCGUGCUUUCCAUCAUGCUCCUGGCUCUCGCCAUCGUUCAGACCAAAGCAGCGGGUAUCGGGGUGGUGAAGAGCUCUACGCUACAGGCCAUGGUCGCUAUCAACUCCAAGGAUAAGCAGGCUCUUGAGAUUGGGCUCGCGCAGGGGCAUCAUCAGGAAGAGGUGGAUGAUGUUGUUAGGAGAGGGCCUGGGAUAGCUUGGAGCUUCGGUACAGUAGAGACAACAUUCGCAAUGUCUCGACAGCUUCUACACCGCGGACUCGCCGAAACAGGCCUCCUGGCCCUCGGCAGAUCCCACCCCGACAUCAAAUUACUAUGCCUCCAGCGCUUCGUGCGCAUGUUCGCCUACGGCGCGACGACCUUGCAGCUAGUGGCGUACUUUGAACUCCUCGGCCUCUCGGCGACGCGAAUUGGUCUGUUCAUGGCGUUUACGCUCGUCGGCGACGUCUGCAUCAGUUUAGUUCUCACUUCCAUCGCCGAUGGCGUCGGGCGGAAGGCGGUGCUAGCUGCAGGCGCGGCUUUGAUGGCUGUUAGCGGUGUUGUUUUUGCGACGUGUAGCGGGUUUUGGGUGUUGUUGGCUGCUGCUGUGGUGGGGGUUAUAAGUCCAAGGUAUGUUUCACACAUCCCUCUCAAGGAAUUCAGAAGAGUGAGGUUGAUUACAACCAGUGGCGCUGAAAUUGGACCUUUCCGGGCUGUGGAAGAGAGUAUCGUCGCGCAUCUUACUACCGCUGAGGAUAGGAGCGAUGUCUAUGCCUGGUAUAGCCUCAUGGGUGCGGCCGGAACUGCCUUUGGGGCGAUGACGAGCGGCUGGACGGCGCAUUACUUGACGACGAGUGCUGGCUGGAGCUUUGAGCAUGCGUAUCGCGUGGUCUUUUACGGGUACGCAGCGCUUGGUGUGCUCAAGCUUUUCCUCGCAUUGCUUCUGAGCCGUGAUAUUGAGGCAGAGCGGGAGGAAGCUGGGGCGUCUGCGGAAGAGACGACUCCGAUUCUGGGCGAACGAUCGGCUGAGAGGGAAUUCGAGGUCAAGACUUGGCGGUCGAAGAUUGUUCCGAGGAUUGAGAGGGAGAGUAUGCCUGUUGUCGCUACCUUGUGCUUCUUCUUUGCGCUUGAUUCUUUUGCCUCGAGCUUGACUACCCAGUCCUGGAUCGCCUUCUUUUUCCGGUGGAAGUUCAACGUGGACGAUGGAACUUUGGGCUCUUUAUUCUUCACCACGAGCCUGCUGGCAGCGGCCACAACUCUAGUCGCAUCCUCGAUAGCCAAGCGAAUCGGCAACCUCAACGCCAUGGUCUUCACCCACCUCCCCUCGACAAUCUUCACCGCACUCAUCCCUCUCCCGCGAGACGCCACCAUGGCCAUCGUGUUUUUGAUCUUCCGCGCCCUGACGCAUUCCAUGGACGUCGCGCCGAGAGCCGCUUUCCUUGCUGGCGUGAUCUUGCCCAAGGAGCGCACUACUGUGUUGGGCUUGAUCAAUGUUUUGAAGACGUGCACGUCGAGUGUUGGUCCCGUAGGUGUGGGUAUCUUGGUAGAUAAGAAUCUCUUCUGGGUUGCUUUUGUGGGUGCUGGAUGUCUCAAGGUUGUGUACGAUCUUGGGAUGUUGGUUUCGUUCCGCAAGCAUGAGCGAGAGCUACGGGAUGGAGCGGCUGGGAGUGCUUAA